CGUGUCAGUGCAUUGUUGUAUGUGAAUGUGCUGUUAAUGCCUGUAGGGAGUGUUGACGGCGAGUUUGUGAAAACAGCAUAAGAGUGCCGUUCCGGCGUGGGUUUUUUUUUUCAUAUUGGGCUCAAAGUCGAGGCUAUGGACGAGGUCGCUUUGGUCCAAGAGGAGUAGACCCAGCGCAUGUCAUGCUCAAGCCUUCAUCGAGACGGAAUGUUCCUCCACAACUCACGGGAAGACGACUUCGGACGAGGAGCUAUGGUCCGAUAUUCCCAAAAGUCUUGAUCAUCUCACAGUUCAACUACGAGCAAGAAGCCAUAUUCAAGUACUUCCCAGAGCUCCUACAACAAUCAUAUGAGGUCCCUGGAUUCUCUCCUCUAUACCCCGACGUAAAUUGCAAUAACGCCGGCACAUUGUGCUCCAUGACCAACGGCGAAGGAGAAGCCAACGCCGCAGCCAGCAUCACCGCCCUCCUCUACGCCUCCCACUUCGACCUCACACACACCUACAUCAUCCUCACCGGGAUCGCCGGCGUCAACCCUUCCCUCGGCACUACUGGCACCGUCGGCUUCGCCAAAUACGCCGUCCAGCUCGACCUCACCUACGAAUUCGACGCCCGCCAAAUCCCCCAAAACUUCUCCUCCGGCCUCGUCCCCCAGGGCAACACCAAGCCCGUCUCCUACGACCCCAGCAUCCCCCCUCAAGACACCCGCUCCGCCUACCCACGCAACAUCUACGGCACGGAAGUAUACACCCUCAACGGCAACCUGCGCGACAAGUUCCGCACCCUCGCCAGCAAAGCCCCCCUCAACGACACCACUGCCGCCGCCUCGUACCGCGCAAAAUACGACCAGAAAGCCGCCCGCGCCCCGCCUUCCGUCCUCGCGUGCGACUCCCAGACUAGCAACGUGUACUGGUCCGGCAGCAAGCUGACCGCCGCCUUUUCCGCCUACACUCAGCUGCUAACCAACGGCUCUGGCGCGCUCUGCAUGAGCCAACAGGAGGACAACGCCAGUCUAGAGGGUCUACUGCGCGGCCACGCGGCGGGCAAGAUUGAUUUCGCCCGGGUGUCGAUUCUGCGUGCCGCAAGUGACUUUGUGCAGGCGCCCAAGGGGGUCGAGGAAACGGAUCAUUUGCUGGUUAAUCAGCAAGGGGGAUUCAGUGUUGCGUUGGAGAACAUCGGGAUCGCUGCGCGGCCGGUUGUGAAGGAUGUUUUGGGGAAUUGGGCGGCGUAUGAGGGCGGGGUGAAGAGUGGGAAUAAGGUUGGGAGUUUGCUGGUCAGUUAUUAGGGGGGGGGGAGGAAAGGGGGGUGUUACUGUUGGCCUUGCUUCUGAUGUUCGUGCAAUGUCGGCUACAUAGCGAGGCGUUAUGGCGUUUCUCACCGAGCUGGGCC